GUUACCUCCGACCUGAUAACGGUUAGAUAGGAAGUAUAAAAGCUAUGCACAUUCAGAUGCAUUGCACUCAGUACUCGGAAUCAUGUCGAUUCUAAAGAACACUUUUUGUUUUGCGGCUCUGUUUGCUCUUCUGGCUGUAGCUAUCGGCCAGUCAGCUCAAGGUGGACCCCACACAUCUCAAGGAGGACCGCACCAAAACCAAGGCAGAGCCAAGCGCCAAGUCGACCAAGUGGAAAGCCAAGCCAUCGUCAACUGGACCUCUUGCGACCCCACCGUCACACCGAAGUACUCAUGCCAAGAUUGCAACACCCGUCUCGUCUGCUUGCCUAUUGGCGGAAAAACAAUAAGCUGCCCAAUCGUUUUCGCACCUUACUGUAACGAGGGAUUCUGUUCACCGAUACCUAGUGCCGAUUGUCAGUAAUUGCUGUGAAGGAUUUGCCUUAAAUUAAUUUUGAGUUUGGCACCCUAAAUUCUGUUUAUUAAAGUCAUUUUUCAUUGUGAAAUUACUUUCAGCGUUAUGAUUUGAUUGAUUCACAUGAGAAUUGGAACAUAUUGUUUGUUUAUUAUUAAUAAAAAUUGUCAGCAAA